AAGAUGGAAUAUUAUACCCUUUUUAAUCAAACAAGAUUUCUACUUUACGAUUAUCCGGGAAAGAAUAUCUUUUACUUUAGCUUUUGCCUUCCGAUGAUUCUCAUCCUCUUCAUUGGUAACGUAAUCGUCAUAGCAACGGUUUUUACUUACAACAGUUUAAAGAAACCAACUUACUUGAUCCUAACAAGUCUCGCUGUAACCGAUCUCCUCACAAGCGUGAUCGCGAUACCCAUGGAGAUAUACCGUCGGACAAAUGUGAACGAUAUCACUUGCUCGGCGCGAUGGGAGGUCUAUUUAUUGGGAAUGACGUACAUCUGUGGGUUUGACUCGAUGCUUCACAUGGUAAUGGUCACGUUUGAUCGCUAUGUCGCCGUAGUGAAGCCGCUCCGAUACAACGCAUUGGUGACAAAGGAACGCAUAGCAAUCGCAGUGGUGAUUGGAUGGAUAAUAUCCGUCUUCUCGGUUAUCGGUCAGGCUGUAAUCUAUCAUAGCAAAGAAAAGGUCCCAUCGGCUAUCUGUGUUGGAAUCCGAUACGAUCCGGAUAUUUACUCGAUUUUGUUGGACCUUUGCAUAUUCGUAAUGACUACAACAUCGGGCAUGACCAUGAUUAUCUUAAACGCAGUCAUCUUGAGGACUGCGAUCAGACAGCUUCGACGGAUCGCCGACGUUGAACGUGCUUUGGACAACGCAACCGGUGGCUCGGAAAGCCGGGAGGAAGCGGCUAGAAAGAUGAAAGCGUGCAAGGUGAUUAUCUGCGUAGUGACCGCGUUCAUUAUCUGUCAUACACCAAUCGGGAUCAUGCAUCUUUGUUUCGCCGUUUCAGACAGCGUUUUACUGAACGGAGUUAUGAAUGAAAUAUCGUUUGUUUUGUAUCUGAUCAGUUCGGCGGUCAACCCACUCAUUUAUUGCCUCGUUGAUCGCGUUUUCAGGGAAUGCGCAUGGCGCAUGCUCAGUUCACGUGCCGUCAGAUUGUAUCAAAGAGACAACGGUCAGACAUCGGAUGGUGUUGUUAGCCUUGCCUAACAAAGAUGGCUGAACUCGACGCUUGUUCCUGUUUUUUUGUAGCGAUGAACUUGUUUUAAAAGUUGGAGUAUAUUCAAAUGACGCUGCAUGUCGAAUAUGGUGAUACUAGGCUCCCUCUCCCCAGUCGUUUCUGGUCGUAUGUUAUCUUUUUGCCACAGAUUGCUGCAACCGCUAUAUCUGUGGC